GGGCGUGCACCUCGCACAGGCUCCGCGGGCUGCGCCGUGCGUGGGACCCCGAAUGGCUCCUCGCAGGAGCGGGACCCGCGAGCUCGCGGACGCGGACGGAGGACACGCACCAGUACAAAAGGGGGGUGUGGGCCGCCUGCCACCCUCGGCCGUCCAAGAUGUCGAAGGGAGAUCUGGCCGAGCCCGGGUCACGCGGGCGUGCCCUGCGCAGCCCCCUGGGAAACAGGCCUGGAAUUCGUGUUGGGAGCAGAGUGGGGGAAGGGGAGCCAGCAGGGAUCCCGGAGUUAGUGCCCUAGGCCGGCCGCUGGGAAAGGACCCUGGCCGCGAAAUGGAGAAUUCGCGCUGACCUCACCGAGGAAGGUGACUCCCAAGGGCAGCAGUGUGAUUCCUUCACGAAGGGCCACGUUUAUUUAUGAAGCCAGUCUCCAUUAAGGUCACUCUGCCAGGCUUAAAGGCCGGAGCUCGUGGCCUCAUCGGGGGAAGGUUGGGCUGGUGAGGACACAAAGAUGACCGCCCUCGGGGUGCGCAGAGCCUCACACGUGUUUUCUCUCCCCCUCCCCGCAGGUAAGGCUGGCCUCUCUGGGUUCAGAGGUCUGAGCUGUGCCAUGGGGGUAGGGGUGUCUUUAUUACUGCAGUUUUCUCUAACAUCCGGAGGCUACCGGAGUGUGGGUCGAAGCAGGCGCUGCAGCCGCAGAAGUAUCCUCAGGAACAUCCCCAGGAGGAGCUGGAGAAAGCCUCAUCCCCAGCUCUGCAGUCUCCAGGAGGAAGAACCCAUGCUGGAACGACGCUGCAGGGGCUCUGUGGCCAUGGGCCCAGCCCCGCCUCGACUCCUUUCUGGGCGGUCCCAGGAGUCUGCCCAGACCCUGGAGAAGGAGUCCAGCAGGCUGAGGCACCGGGGCACUCUAGUGGUCCAGCCAGGUGGCCAAGCUCCUGGCAAGACUCAUCGCUGUGCCCACUGUCGAAGGCGCUUCCCGAGCUGGGUGGCCCUAUGGCUCCACACCCGACAGUGCCAGGCCCGGCUGCCCCUGCCCUGUCCUGAGUGCGGGCGACGCUUCCGCCAUGCCCCAUUCUUAGCGCUGCACCGCCAGGUUCAUGCUGCUGCCGCCUCGGACCUGGGCUUCACCUGCCACCUCUGUGGGCGGAGCUUCCGGGGCUGGGUGGCCCUGGUUCUGCAUCUGCGGGCGCACUCGGUGGCAAAGCGGCCCAUUGCCUGCCCGGAAUGUGAGAGACGCUUCUGGCGACAAAAGCAGCUCCGAGCUCACCUGCGGAGGCGCCACCCUCCUGCCCCCGAGGCCCGGCCCUUCAUCUGCGGCAACUGUGGCAGGAGCUUUGCCCAGUGGGACCAGCUGGUUGCUCACAAGCGGGUGCAUGUGGCCGAGGCGCUGGAGGAGGCAGCAGCCAAGGCUCUGGGCCCGCGGCCCCGAGGGCGCCCGGCGGUGACAGCUCCCAGGCCGGGCGGAGACGCGGUGGACCGGCCCUUCCAGUGUGCCUGCUGCGGCAAGCGCUUCCGCCACAAGCCCAACCUGAUCGCCCACCGCCGCGUGCACACAGGCGAGCGGCCGCACCAGUGCCCCGAGUGCGGGAAGCGCUUCACCAACAAGCCCUACCUGACCUCGCACCGGCGCAUCCACACUGGUGAGAAGCCCUAUCCGUGCACUGAGUGCGGUCGCCGCUUCCGGCACAAACCCAACCUGCUGUCGCACAGUAAGAUCCACAAGCGGUCGGAGGGCUGCACACAGGCUGCCCACGGUGCCGGGAGCCCCCAGCUUCCAGCCGCGGCCCCCGAGUCCUCAGCGGAGCCGUGUCCCCAAAAGCCAGCCCCGGAGGCUGCAGCCGAGCCCAUGCCCGCAGCCCCCGUGGAGCUGCCGCGGGACCCGGCGGAGGCGCCCGCGUCCCUGUACAGCUGCGACGACUGCGGGCGCAGCUUCCGCCUCGAGCGCUUCCUGCGCGCGCACCAGCGGCAGCACAGCGGCGAGCGGCCCUUCACCUGCGCCGAGUGCGGGAAGAACUUCGGCAAGAAGACGCACCUGGUGGCGCACUCGCGCGUGCACUCGGGCGAGCGGCCCUUCGCCUGCGAGGAAUGCGGCCGCCGCUUCUCCCAGGGCAGCCACCUGGCGGCCCACCGGCGCGACCACGCCCCCGAGCGGCCCUUCGUCUGCCCGGACUGUGGCAAGGCCUUCCGGCACAAGCCCUACCUGGCCGCGCACCGGCGCAUCCACACCGGCGAGAAGCCCUAUGUCUGUCCCGAGUGCGGCAAAGCAUUCAGCCAGAAGUCGAACCUGGUGUCCCACCGGCGCAUCCACACCGGCGAGCGGCCCUACGCCUGCCCCGACUGUGACCGCAGCUUCAGUCAGAAGUCCAACCUCAUCACCCACCGCAAGAGCCACAUCCGGGACGGCGCCUUCUGCUGCGCCAUCUGCGGCCAGACCUUUGACGACGAGGAGCGGCUCCUGACCCACCAGAGGAGGCACGAUGUCUGAGAGGGGCCCUGGGCUACCUGCACCACAGGAGCGAGGCACUGGCCCGAGGUGCUUGCCUGGGUGCUGGUGGAGGGGACAGUGGGAAUCCCAGAAGGGAUAGAAGAGGCGGGUGAGCCGGCCCUGCUGGAGCCAGUCCGGUGGGCAGGGAACCCCUGUCAGAGCCAAAGGACCCGGCGUCCAGCUGGCGUUCCUAAGGUUCCAUCCUGACUGUCCUGUGCUCUGAAAACGUAGCAAUAGCAGCUCCAUCUACCCUUAAAGCCCUGGCUAGAGGAGCCACCAGUGGGAGGGAAGCUGCUCCAUCCUCUGGUGUUAACGCCUUAAUGUCCCAGUCUCUACUGAGUUACUUCAGGUCACUUUGGAAGUAGGUGUGGAACAGUCCUGAGUAAGUGAGCACUCACAAAGGGGAGGGAAAAUGGACCAGCUGCGCACACUUCGGGGAACCUGCUGGCCUCCUUAGGCAGCACAGGGCUUUUUUUCAGCACUUAGGUGAGGCCAAGCUGCUCUUACCUGUCCCCCUCCCCGCUGCCCUUGCAUUAGAAUCCCGCACUUGGAGAGGUCCAUCUGCUGUUAGCAAGUCCACCCUCUUCCUCCCAGAAGACCCGGUCUGGCUCUGUCCCCUGCCCCUGCUGGUGCUGAGGGCUUUCCUGCCUGUUUUGCCUGAUCUGAUGAUCCUCUUGUUCAUCUAGAGCUCACUGUGUUACGGGAGGAACUGGCCUUUUGGUGCAGCCCAAGGGAAGGUCCUAGGGCGUUUCCUGUGCAGCGUUUCCAGCGUGUGGAUGGCAGCCGCUGCCUGAGCACUGAGGCCAUGAGAGCGCCCACCUCCCGAGGCCCUGGGUCUAUCGUAGGAUGAUUCUAAUGGUUAGAAAUUCCACCUCAUGAUUGAAAUCUGCUUUCCUAUAAUUUCUACCUGUUGGGCCUUGUUGUGUCUUCUGGAUCUAAACAGAACAGCUGUUUACCUUCCUUUUCAAGUUAGAGAAUAAAGAUUUGGUUUUAGAA